AUGGCCCAGCCGCAGCCGGCAGAGCCCGGCACCGCGCCCGCCGGGCCGGAGCUGCCGGCGGGGAGCGGCCCCGUGCAGAUCCGAGUGGCCGUCCAGGCGGCCGCCGAGGAGGACGAGGAGGACGAGGAAGAGGAGGCGGGCGGCGGAGCGCCGUGCCCCAGCUGCAGCGAGGAGGACUCGGGGCGGUGCGGGCGCUCCAGUGGUGGGGAAAAUGAUGAUGACUCUGACCAGAACUGGAAACCACCAGAAAAUGACCUGAUCCAGAAAUUAAUAGCACAGAUUGAAUACUACUUCUCAGACGAGAACCUUGAGAAAGAUGCCUUCCUUCUGAAGCAUGUGAGAAGAAAUAAGAUGGGCUAUGUCAGUGUUAAACUCCUCACUUCAUUUAAGAAGGUGAAACACCUUACCCGUGACUGGAGAACCACAGCCUAUGCACUGAAGUACUCGAACACUCUGGAACUCAACGAUGAUAACAAAAAGGUUCGAAGAAAUACUCCAGUUCCAGUGUUUCCAAGUGAAAAUGUCCCUACCAGGAUGCUACUGGUAUACGAUAUCCACAUGAUCUCUGAGCUGCAGGCCCUUAACAAAGAAGAAAACGGAUGCAUGCAAGAAAGGAUAAUGGAGCAUCUCCUCAAAGCCUUUGUAAGUUUUGGUGUAAUUUCAUCAGUUCGUAUCCUCAAGCCUGGCAGGGAUCUCCCACCUGAUAUCAGGAGGGUCAGCAAUCGGUACACGCAGCUGGGAACCCAGGAAUGUGCAAUUAUCGAAUUUGAAGAAGUAGAAGCUGCCGUACGUGCUCAUGAUUUCAUGUGUGCUGAAAACAAAGAGACCGGCAUGAAAGUUGUCCUAAUAGGCAUGAAACCACCAAAGAAAAAAGUGCCCAAAGACAAGAGUCGCGAUGAAGAUACCAGCAAGAGCCUUAAGAAGACUCGAUCCCUUAAUAAGAGAGUUGAGGAGCUUCAGUUUGCUGGUGAUGAAUCUUCAGCAAACAGCUCUUCUGACCCAGAGAGCAAUCCUACGUCACCGCUGUCAGGACGCAAACGUACCACAACAAAUACUACAUGUAAUUUGAGCCCCAUCAUCCACCCAACCAACCAUUUGAGUCCCAAUAUGUCACCCAGAUCAAGUCCUCGGAACAGUCCAUCUUCACUAAGAAAAGUAACCAAAAAAUCUCCGCUGGCUGAAGACAGCAAGCUUAACCCAAGCACUAGCCCUGAAAUUCCAAGGAAACACACUGAUUAUUCCUCAGAUAGCAGCAUCACUCCUUCUGGGAGUCCCUGGGUGCAGAGAAGAAAAGCCCAAACCCUGACACAAGAGAAGAGCCCUGUCAGCAGUCCCAUGUUGGUUCGGAAAAUACAAAAUGCGGACGGUCUCCCUGUAGGGGUGCUGCGGCUGCCUAAAGGUCCUGACGGCACCAAAGGAUUCCACAAUGGCUGCGAAAGAAGGAAGGCUAUGAAGGGUGAAUAGACUAUUCUUUAAAAACAGUUUCACAAAUCAGCCAACUGCUGGUGACCGAGCCUGGUGAGAAACUGUCGCUUGAGUGACUCAGUUAAGUCAGUAUUUAAUUUUAAAACCUUUUGUAUUUAUAUAGAGACUUUAUCAUUUGUAUAUUUGUAUAUUUUCUUCACAGAAUAGAUGAGACUGGAAGGCAUCUCUGGAGAUUGCCCAGUCCACCUCCUUUGCUGAAGCUACAAGUCACUGAUAGGUUUGAAUACCUGCAAGGACAGACUCCCCAGCCUGUCUGGGUGAUGUGUUCCCAUGUUCAACCACUCACACAGAACCAGUCUGUGCCCCUUUUCCUGUUACUGGGUAUCGCUGAGAAGUGCCUGGCUCCAUCUUCUUUACUUCUUCUCAUCAGAUAUUUAAAAACCAUGAUGAGAUCCUCCCCAAGAGCCCUCUCCACUCCAAUCUAACCAGUGCCUGCUUUCUAGGCCUCACAGGAGGGACGUGCCAGCCUUUUAAUCAGCUGAAUCACCUAGCUAAUGUAGGGCCCUUAACCUGCAUCCAUUCUCUUUAAUGUAUUACUUUGAAACACCUAAAUAUUUAAGCAGGCAUAUAAAUCAUUGAUGUAAGUACAUUUGCCAAGCUAGGAUCCUGAGGAGCAGUGUGUACUUAUGCUUUAGUGGUUGUAUUAUGAAAAGCUAUGGAAUGUUACCAGUCUCAUCAGAAGGAGCUGAGGUCUUGAAGACUUCCUGUGCUUUCCUCAGAAGGAACCAAGAAACCAAUGCCACAGUGAGCAGCUGCUCUCACGUACAUCACCAAAGCAGUAUUGUUCAACAGGACCAGUGUGCAUUUUCACGAGUAAAGACUCUGAGCACUGGAGACUGCUCUGUAAGUGUUCUCUUGUAUAAGCAGAUGGAAAUAAAAAUAUUAACUCUA